UGUUUCAUAUAUCGAUAACGAUUGUUGGCAAAAUGAGCAACGCAACUGCAUAAAUGCGCAAGAUUGCAAUGCAAUUACAUACAUGUAAAUAUGAGUGAACGCACUCAAUUGCCCAAACGUAGCCGCAACAACAGCAACAACAACAACAACAACGGACAUGUCCAGUGGGACAGCAACCACAUCGGCUGUGCCGCCAGUUUGGAGUUGUGACACGCACAGGCGCAGCCAUCAUCAACAGCGCGAGCUGAAACAACAACAUCUCCAGCUUUCCACACUCCAGACGGAGCUGCGACGAGCCACCAAUCAUUGGUUCCAAGCCAAAAGCGACGAGUGCCUGCAACUGCUCGUGCAAACAUGCGUCCAAAUCCUGCAGCAUGGCCUGCUACAGCCAACGGACCUCGGAACGCUGCGUCUUAUUGAGGACUUUGAGUUUUUGCGUCUCGCGGAUCGCCAGUCGCCGCCGGCGCCGCCGCCGGCGCUGUCAUCUGGAACCAAAGUCAGCGUGGGGGAGUUCUUGGCGCAAUGGGUGGCCAGCUGCCUGCGCACGCGUUGCCUGUCGCGUUGCGUGCAGUCGCUGGUGGCGGACAAGGAGCUGCUCGACUGCUACUAUCAGCGAGAUGUGUCCUAUUUGCGGCACAGCGGCUAUGCGGCGGCGCUGUUUGUCUGCCUGACGGCCAUUGAACUGGACCAGAGCAGCCUGCUCAGCCAGCUGGAGCCGUUGAAUAAGCGUCGCCAUCGACGCACCAGCUCGCAGCCCAAUUUUAGCAUAACACAGCGCUUGCAUGUGGUGCAGGAGGAGGAGCAACAGCAACAGCAUCGCCAGUUACCGUCACGUCCACGUCCGUUGCAGCUGCUCCGACGAAUCAAAAGUUUGCCCAGCCUCUAUCAGAACGAUUGCAGCGUGAAUAGGUGGUCGCCGAGUGCCAUGGCUGGGCCGGCUGCACGGCGGCCGCGUUGUCAGACCUACAACAGUCCGUGCGGCCACUGGCGCAGCCAAGGCAAGGAUUUGCCACCGUUGAGCGGCUCCAGCAUUAGCACUGCCAGCAGCUGCAGCCAGGUGGCGUCGCCUGCCUCACCUGCGUCGCACCGCAUACAGCUGAUCAACUGUGACGACAUCAAGAUCUGGACGGACCAAACGGGCAGCAACAGCGUAACGCCACCAGCUCAUAUACCGGCAACGAGAAAGCCAACGACGCAGUGCGCCAAGCGCGGCAGUCCGCUUAACAGUUUUCUCAACAACCUGUUUGGCUCACCGCCCGUCUACACGAGCUGGUAUAGCAAGAGUCUGGGCCAGGACGAGGAGGCCAGCAGUGCAGUGCUGAUGCACAAGUUUCUGCCCGUGAAUGGACGCAAACUGGACAAGCGACAGCGGCAAUCGCUAUUCGAAGGCGUCAGCAUGCUCGACUACAACGAUUGUCAGGCAUCAACGGCGACAACGACGAGCACAGCGCCGCUGGACAUAGUCGGCGGUGGCACAGCUGGCCAGGCACAUGGCAGCGCCAGCUGCAGCACCACAUCCUGCAGCCUAAGCAGCGACAGCCAGCAGAGCAGCAGCGGCAACAAAAUUGACCAACAGAGCCUGGCCGCAUUUCUGCAAAUGUCGCGCAAUACGCACAACAAUACCGAAUUGGAGAAGGAGAAUGCCCAUUUUCGGAUCUCGGAGGCAUGCAUUGCGGCCAUUGAGCAUGUGAAGUGGAGCAGACGCGACCAGCCAGCGGCGGAUAUUGCCAGCAGUGCGGUCGCAAAUGCAGAUGCAGAUGCCGAUGCUUUGUUGAUACCCUACGCGGAGCAGCAGAGUAGCCAUUGUAAUUGUAAUAACAGCGCCGAGGCGGUGGGCUUGCAGCUAAUCUCGCGCUUUAAUGAUCAGCAGCUGCCCAAAUUGGGUGAUCUUAAAUGGCUCGUUUCGGAGCAGGAUGCGCCCCAACAGCUGCUGCCAUUGCCCAAGCUACAGGAACAGCAGCUGCAGCAGCAGCCGCACCAGGCACAGCAGCAACAACUGCAUCAUUCACACCAGCUGGCGAGUGAGACAAGCCUGACACGUGGCACCAAAACAUGGGCGCCACCGCGACAGCAGAUUAUCUUCACGGAGCACGCGCCUGCCAGUCGCUCACAGCUGUUGGCGCGCCAGAAUUAUCGCUGCGCCGGCUGCGGCAUGCAUGUGACUCGACAGUAUCAACAAUACUUUCGAUAUUGUAAUUAUUUGGGCAAAUAUCUCUGCACCGGCUGCCAUCGCAACCAGCUGUCGGCCAUACCCGCCAAGAUUCUGCAGGCCUGGGACUUUCGCUCUUAUGCGGUUAGCUCGUUUGCGUAUCGCCUUAUCGAGCAGAUGUACACGUUCCCGCUAUUCCAUGUGCCAGAUCUGAAUGCCCAGCUGUAUGUCAAGCAAAAGCCCUUGGCCAUGGCACGACGUCGUCGGCUCCAGCUCAAAUAUGUGCGCGAUUUUAUAGCCGCUUGCCGUUUUGCUACCAGGGAGCAAGCGUUAUUUGAUGCGGUGCCGGCGCACAUUACCAAUGAUCCGGACAUGUGGUCCAUGUGUGAUUUUGUUGAUGUACAAAACAACAGCAUGUGCCGCUCCAUAGAGGAGCUGAUUGCUCUCAACGAACAGCACGUACACGGCUGUGUGCUCUGCACUGGUCGCGCCUUUGUCUGUGAAUACUGCAAGAGUCGCCAGCUCAUUUAUCCCUGGCAGCGCAAGGUGCAGCGUUGUGCCCAGUGCGGCGCCUGUGCCCACUACAAUUGCUGGAAAUCCAACUCGGCGGGCAUAUGCUCGCGCUGUGAACGUCUGCAGGGACGAAAGCGGGAGGCCAGUUAGCGCGCAUUAUCUAGCCAAAUAUCGAUCAAGUUCAAUAUAUUGUAUAUAAUCAAAACUGUAAAUGAUCAAAACUUUUUGCAAAUGUACCUCAAGCGCAUGUCGGCCGAUUCAAGUUGAUUUUAUAAA